GAAGAUGGCCCUCCUUGUAUCUGUGGGGAUCUUGAUGGCUGGGAUCUUGCCUGCUCUCCUCUGCUACCCAGAUGCUACACUGAGGAGGGGCACUCUAUUCCAUGAUGAGCAACUCAAUGGGACACUAGUGGACAGUCUAACAUCUUACCCCAAUGAAACAGACUUCAUUUUCAAAAUCUACAGGGAGCUGGUUGGCAAGAAUCAAAGUGCAAAUAUCCUCUUCUCCCCAUAUGGUCUCUUAGAUGCAUUGGGUGUCCUGUCCCUGGGAGCAAAGGGCAACACCCUUACAGAGAUCCUAGAAAGUCUAAAGCACAGUCACACAGAUACCCCUGAGACAGACAUCCACCAGGGCUUUGGGAACCUCCAACACAAGCUCAGCCAGCCAGGGGACCAGGUGCAGAUCAGCACAGGCAGCGCCAUGGUUAUUGAAAAGCACCUGCAGAUCCUGGCAGAGUUCAAGGAGAAGGCAAGAGCUCUGUACCAGGCUGAAACCUUCCUGGCUGACUUCCAGAAGCCUCAAGAGACCAAAAAGCUCAUCAAUGACUACGUGAGGAAACAGACCCAGGGGAAGAUCAAAGAAAUGAUCUCAGAUCUGGAUGACAGGAUAUCCAUGGUGCUGGUGAAUUACAUCUACUUUAAAGGUGAGAAAGGGCAUUGGUUGGGGAGUGCAGAGAACGGAUGUUGGUUGGGUACCUGUGUUGACAGGCUGACUUCUAGAAAGCAGGUGAUCACAGUCUUGGAGACAUGGAUGCCCAACCUCUUAUUACUCACAAGUUUUAUUUCUCCUCUGGGUUGUUUCUGGAAAAUAGUUGUGGUUCUUGGUACAUACUCAAAAGAAAACCAGUGCUCUUGGUCUAAGAGAGCUGAUAUGGGCUGCAAAUGGAAGUGGCCCUUUGACCCUCUUGACACAAUCAUUUCUGAAUUCCAAUUGGAUAAAAGGAGGUCUGUGAAGAUGCUCAUGAUGACACUUAAGAGCUUGUCCACACCCUACUUCAGGGAUGAGAAGCUGUCCUGCUCUGUGGUGGAGCUGAAGUACACAGGCAAUGCCAAGGCUAUGUUCAUCCUCCCUGACCAGGGCAAGAUGCAGCAGGUGGAAGCCAGCUUGCAGCCAGAGACCCUGAAGAAAUGGAGGAGAUCUCUGAAGACCAGGAGAUUCGAUGAGCUCCACCUGCCCAAGUUCUCCAUCUCCAAAGACUACAGACUGGAGAACAUCCUUCCUGAGCUGGGCAUCAGGGAAGUCUUCUCCCCACAGGCUGAUCUCUCUAGGAUCACGGGAGCCAAGAACCUGAGCCUCUCUGAGGUGCACCACAACACUGUACUGGAAGUGGAUGAGACAAGUGCAAAUGGAAGGGCCAGCACGGAACACGAAGACACCUUCCUCUCUCCGAAAUUGAAGGCUACAUCUAUGACUAUAGACAGGCCAUUUAUGUUCCUUAUCACUAGCACAGACUUUCAGGAUACCUACUUUAUGGGCAAGCUCACCGACCCGAAUCAAGGCUAG